AUGAGUGUGUCCCUAACGGGAGAAACGGAGGAGCCGGACUACGAGAAGUUCGAAGAGCUCAUGGCGUUUUGGGAGACCAUUCCGCGGGGAUUCCCUGCGUCGUGGCACACAGCUCGGGAAACAGCAAGCACUCUGCCCGAAGGAGGACGCACGCUGACUGCGAUCAAAGACAUUGUUUCUGAAGCCCGUCGGAACGAACGGAAAGCUAUCAUAUCGUUGGACAUCCUGCUGUGCAGGGCGGCGACGGCUGAUUUCGUGCCGGAGAGUUAUCUGCAGGAGUUCCGCUGCAUUUAUGGACAACUGCUGGGAUUGGCGAGACCACACCCUAUGAUGGAAAUAACAGAGGACGUUUGGGAGAGUGAAUACGCCCCUAAAGUCUCCGUUGGGGAAACUCGCCCUGGGUAUGAGUGGGUCGCCCGAAUUUUCAAACUGCUGCGACUUGUACGAGGUCUAGAUUGUCCUGAGGUGAUCUUUAUAGUAGGAGUAUAUCUGAACAGGAAAUUCUUGACCUAUCUAGGGGGAGAAGUAUAUCGAUCUUGGCGCCAGAAAUUGAUCACUGAUUUCCCGGAGUUACUGUAUCGGUUUAUUGGUGAUGGAAUGACCGACUUAUCUGAACAAGAGAUGAAGGAGUAUAAACGCCAGGAGCUUGAGAAAAUAAGGAAGCGCCUGGACGAGCAGCAGCCAUUAUCCAUUUAG